AGCGAGGCCUUUGCCCUCGAGCGAGCCCACACCAGAUCCUUCGCCGUCGCCCUCGCACAUCAAGUCGCUGCCCUCGCCCUCGCCCUCGCAGCCGCCGCCGAUCCCCUCCCCCAUCUCCCUUCCUCAAAUGUCGUCGCCCGUCGCUGCCGCCCCGACACCUCCCGUCGCGGCCGCCCGCCGCUCCUCCUCUGCUGGCCUGAGCGAACGGAGCCAACCACCCGAAGGGAUCGAAGCGGCGGAGGAAGGGAGAGAUGGCGGCGGCGGCCGGGGGGAAGGAGACGAUGCGGGCACCACACAUCCUGAUCAAGCACAAGGGGUCACGGUGCAAGGCGUCCUGGAAGGACCCCUAGGGUCGGGUCAUCUCUGCCACCACGCCGCUCCCGUGCGCAUCGGCGAGCUCCACGACCAGAUCCUCGCCGGCCCACGCCUCCUUCGUUGACCUCGCCGCGCAGGAUUCCGUCUGAUCCUCCGCCCGCCGCAAUGGCGGUGACCUAGGCUGCUACUGUUAUACUAUUUGAUAGCACAACUUCAUAUAUAAUGCUGUCGUGCACAUAGCAGGAGAUUAGGUUUAUUACUUUUGCUUCUAGAUGGUGCGUUCUUAACAUGCAGGUAAUGCCUUUCUUUCUCGGGUCAACUUUUCUCUACCAUGCACGUGCUGAGAAGACGCAACCUGGCAGCCGCAGUCACUGGGUCUUCUUCAACGUGGGGACGGACGGACGGGGGGGAAUCUCCAGUAUCUGCCUCGGUGAAAUUUCUGCACAGGUACAACCAGUGUGCACUGACAAAGGAUAACGGUAAAGGUCUCAUGGCGGAGACUAGCCAGACAUACAUCGGGAUGGUGGUUAGGAAUCAUCUGGGAUCUGUGGUUCUAUCUGCUGGCCGGCAAAUCAGUAAUGUGAAAGGGGCUGAGGAGGCGAAAGUGGAGGCUCUGAAAUUUGGUCUGCAAGUUCUAGCUGACGCCAUCCAAGGAGAAGUUAUUUCUUCACAAAGUUGGAAAACAUGUCACAAUCUCAAUUUCUGACCAUCAAGUGUUUAUGUUUAUGCGCACAAGGCUUUUAAUUUUCUAUUUUGAUGCUCUGUGCUUUCCAGUUGAGGAGAAAUCUGUUAAUGCCCUGAAAUCUUAAAUCUUGACCACCAAGUCUUUGUGUUCAUGCCUACAAAGCUUUUCAAUGUC